UCUCUCGCUGUGUCACAUGGUCCCGACAUCAGCCAGGCUCGGAAACUACAACCAAAUUUCACCCCCACAGUUCACUCUCAUGUUAUCUGAUUCUGAGCUCACUAGGCAACAGUUGUGUGCAGCGAUGCAGUUGAACAGGUUCUUGUUCCAAGGAAUAGAAAGAACAAGAAGGUAGUUUGAUCACAUCACAAUAGUUUGAUCACAGAACACUAGUACAUUUAUCAGACUGCAGUGCCUCAAUAGGACCGAUUCAACCAGGAAUGAAGGUGGCUCAACUAGACUGUCUGAUUCUUCUACAUCUCCUACACACAGCAGGCUCUGAGAGGUUUGAGGUUCUUGGUCCAACUGAUCCCAUUGUUGCUGUAGCUGGUGAUGACAUCAUUCUGCCCUGUUACCUCAAACCCAACAUCAGUGCUGAGGACAUGACAGCGGACUGGCUGAACCUGGACUCCAAAGACGGUCGUGUCUAUCGUUACCAAAACAGAAAAAUCAUACGAGAGGAUCAGAUUCUCUUCUAUAGAGGAAGAACAUCACUGUUUGAAGAGGAACUGUGGAGGGGAAACACCUCUUUGAAACUGACCAGCGUACAAGGCACUGAUGAGGGACGUUACAAAUGCUUUAUUAAAGCAAAGAGCUGGUAUGAUGAUUUCACUAUUCAAGUCCUCGUUGAAGCUAUAGGAUCCAAGCCAGUGGUGUCCAUUGAAGGACACAGAGAGGGAGGGAUGGGUUUGCUGUGUGAAUCAGAAGGCUGGCACCCUCAGCCUGAGCUGGUGUGGCUGGACAGUAAAGGAGUCAAUCUCUCUGCUGGUCCUCCUGAGACACACAGAGACUUCAAGGGAUUCUACAGAGUCAAACAACAUGUCAUUGUCCAGGAGACUGACACCAACCGCUUUACCUGCAGAGUCCAACAGAGCCGGAUCAAUGAGAAGAUGGAGACAGAGAUUCACCUCCCUAGUGAGUUAUUUGAUUACGCAACCCCAUGGAGAAAGACCUUCAUUGUGUUAAGCUGUCUGGGAGCCGUCACUGUGAUUGGGUUAGCUCUGGCUAUCUACUGCAUACAUAAUAAGAAAGGUGUGAUAAUAGAUCAACUUAAACUGCAGCGGGAUGACCAAACAAAGGAGGGGGAUGUCAUCAAGAAGGAGAGAGAUGACCUCAAGAAGGAGAGAGUUGACCUCUGGGCCCAGAAUAAUGACCACACUGGGAAGCUAGUUAAGGUUGAAAAGGAUCUGACUAGUCAACUGGAAAUACUGGCUUCUCAGCUGGAUUUUGUGAACACAAACUGGAGUCCAGAUUUUGAAACCAUCAGAAGACAUGCAGUGAAUGUGACUCUAGACCCUGAUACUGCACAUCGUAAACUCAUUCUGUCUGAUGACAGGAAACAAGUGAGACAUGGAGAACUAAAUCCGGUUCUCUCUGACAACGGGAAGAGGUUUACAAAUUGGUCCUGUGUCCUCGGAAAUGUGGGCUUCUCAGGGAAGUUUUACUAUGAGGUGAAGGUGGAGGGGAAGACUGAGUGGACUUUGGGAGUGGUCAGAAAGUCCAUCGAUAUGAAUGAAAGUUUUAGACCGAUCCCUAAUAAAGGAUGCUGGACUUUAGAGCUGGAGGAUGGAAAGUACACAGCUCAUGCUGAUUCCCCUGUCACCCUCUUACUGAGAGAGGAGCCCCAGAAGGUGGGGGUGUUUGUGGAUUAUGAGAAGUGUCAGGUCUCCUUCUACAAUGUGGAGGACAGGUGUCAUAUCUACUCUUUCACUGGCUGCACCUUCACUAAGAAACUCUAUCCAUUCUUCAACCCUGGUGGUUCAGAUAGUGUUUCACUGGUCAUCUGUCCUGUAGAUGCCACUGACUGACUGUUUUAAAUCAAACAAGGUGCAAUUGUUAUUUGUGAAAUGCUUGUUAUUCUGUUAAUGUGCAGUAAAUAUACUGUAUAUAAUAAAAAAAGUAUAGAAAAACAAACCAAAACAGUUUAACAAGAAUAAUGCAAUAUUUGUUACAGGAGUUUACUUACUUGGACUUUUUAAUUAUAUACAGUACCAGUCAAAAGUUUGGACACACCUACUCAUUCAAGGGAUUUUCUUUA